AUGGCGGGUGUAUUCCAAGCGCAGAAAACUGCACUCAUCACGGGCGCCGCUUCGGGGGUCGGUUUUGCCAUUGCGAAGCUCUGCCGGACGAAGGGCAUGCACCUCGCGCUAGUGGAUAUCGAUGCAGAAAACCUGUCCAAGGCAAAGAGCAUGCUUACCCAGCUCGACCCUUCUCUGAAGACGGAAUCCUAUACCCUCGACGUCAGCGAUGUCCCUGGAUGGAAACACACUGCCGAGAGCAUCUCGAGGACCCUCCCUGACAUUGACCUUGUGGUCCUCAAUGCGGGCAAGGCCUUCAGACGGCAGGAUCAGACGGCCGGACGGCUCAGUCCCUGGCUAGACGGUUCUUAUUGGCGCAAGACACUGGAAACAAAUGUCUACGGACCAUUGAAUGGGCUACAAUCACUACUCCCUCUUCUUCUCGCAUCCAAGUCGCAGACCCCCAAGUCCAUCGUUGUGACGGGGUCGAAACAAGGAAUCACCAAUCCUCCCGGCGCGGGUAAUCCGGCAUACAAUGCCAGCAAAGCGGCGAUCAAGAGCUUGACCGAGCAUCUUGCCUUUGAUCUGCGUAGCGACCCGACGACUGCCCCAUAUCUCCGUCCACCUCUUGAUCCCUGGGACGAAAUCACGAAACCCGCCGGCGCGUCGUACCCCAGUCAAGUAGCGGAAGAGCUGCUGAAGGGCAUGGAGAAAGGAGAGUUCUAUAUUGUUUGCCCAGACGGGGAGACCGACCGGGCUCUGGACCAGGCACGAAUGAAAUGGGGAAGUGAGGAUGUCGUGGAGGGACGACCGGCUCUUUCUCGCUGGGAGGAGAGCUGGAAAGCGCGCGCAGAGGAGGCCAUUCAAGCCGACGCAAAGCGCGGACGGGGCUGA